CACUUCUCUGUCUCUCCCUCUCCCUCCAGCUCCGUCGAGCCCCCUCUUUUUUUUUUCCCCUCCCCUCCUUUCGUCACCACCUCUCACCACCAUGAGACGGGCGCUGUCCCCCUUCCUGGCGGCGGUCCUCCUCUGCCUGGCCUUUGCCUCGGCGGUCUUCAGUACAGAUACCGCCAGCCCCAGUCGGAUCCCCAGCACACUCCCCAAGAAGACGGAGAAGGGGUCAGACAGUCCGUUCGGCUUGCGCGAACGGGUGUCCCUCCAAUGCUUGAUUCGCGGCCGGCUGAUCGAUGGCAAGGUGGUCACCGCAGACAACAUGUCCAGCGGCCAGUCAGCCACCGACAUUGAGCAGGAAGGCAUCGAGGUUGAGACGUGGGCUCCUUUCCCCAACUGCCUGAACAACAACAUGCCCCUGCGCACGUUCAUGGCCACCAACAUGGAGUACACGUGCACCCUGCCAGCCUCCUUCUUUGAGAACGGCUUCGCCCGCUGCCGCGUGGCCACCACCAACCGCGGUCGGCGGUACAUCCCGCUGACGAUCCCCUUCUGGCCGGUGUACCAGCGCAUGACUCCGGCCGCGGUGCAUGCCCUUGGCCUGCGCCUGGAUGUGUACGGCUUCGUGGACACGACCAGCCUGAGCCCCGCCCUGCAGGCGACGGUCCGGUCCAUGCCGCUCCCCCCGCGGCUGGUCCCGGUGGACACCUAUGUCGGGAAUCACAUCAACUUCAUCAUGCACAUGUCUCACCCGGACAUGCUGGGCGGCAAUGAUGGGGAAACCUUCUCCGGGGGCUUCUCCUUGAUGCAUCUGCUCGGCCGACACAUUGUGGCGGCGACGGCCUACCCGGUGCGCGACCAAUUCCGCCGCGUGGUCUCCGGGUCCCUGGUGGAUGUGAUGACCGGGUCGGUCUUCCACAAGGGCGUGGCUGUGGAGAAUGCCUUCGUCGACAUGCACGGGGUGGUCAUCUGGUCUGAAGGCGAGAACUUCGAGCCAGAGCGCAUCCCCAAGAGUGCACUCAAUGUCUUCAUCAAUGCCAUUGUCGUGUUUGUCCUGGUGUUUGUGGCCUUGGGCGGCAUGUUCGCGGUGUACUUCGUCCUGGUGGUCAGCCCAUCGGUCCACCAGGCCAUCCUCCAGGAGAAGGAAGCCAAUCGGAGUUUGAUCACCGGCGCCUCGCAAGGCCCGCUGGGGGCCGCUGCCCCCGGCGGAGGCCCCCCCGCCGGCUCCUCCAAAACCAGCCUGGCCGAGAAACUGGCGUAGCUUCGGCGAUCGAGAACAGGGAGGGGGCCUCGUCCGCCGGGGUUUUGUGGUUCCCUCGCGCCACUCCUCACGGCACCCAUGGCGUGGGCCAUUGGCAAUCACUGCCCGGGAACUCCCCUCUCCGCAGGUGCAUUUACGUAUCAUGUACAUUAUUGUCGUUGC